GGCCUGCUCACAGCUCCGAUUGAAUGCGCGUGUUGCCUACAAGAGGAGAAUCGAAGAAAAUCGACGAAAUCCCGAAUCAUGUCUAAAGUUCGGUCGGUAAAGGGUCUGGUGGCAUUGGUCACGGGUGGAGGGUCCGGUCUAGGAAAGGCGGCAGCGACUAGACUCGUCAAUCAAGGAGCCAAGGUCGCCAUUCUCGACUUGCCCACAUCACAAGGCGAAGCCGUCGCCAAGGAACUGGGACCAGCAUGCAUGUUCGCCCCCACAAACGUGACAUCGGCGACCGAUGUCGAAUCAGCCCUCGCUGCGAUCAAGUCCAAGUUUGACCGACUGGACGUGACGGUCAAUUGCGCCGGCGUCGGCGUCGCUUUCCUCACCUUCAGCGCCUCGAAGAAUAAGCCACAUCUCCUGGAAGACUUCGAACGUGUGUUGAGCGUGAAUACCGUGGGUACCUUCAAUGUCUGUCGACUCGCCGUGGGCUUGAUGAACGCCAACGAGCCCGACGAUAAUGGUCAGCGUGGCGUCAUCGUCAACACGGCUUCCAUAGCUGCGUACGAGGGUCAGAUGGGACAAGUGGCUUACGCGGCGUCCAAGGGUGCCAUCGUCAGCAUGACUCUCCCACUAGCGAGAGAUCUGUCAGGCCUGGGUAUCCGAGUCUGUACCGUUGCUCCGGGUCUCUUCGACACACCCUUGCUGGCGUCUCUCCCGGAGAAGGUCAGAGUCUUCCUGGCUCAAACUAUCCCGUUCCCGAAGCGUCUUGGCAACCCGGAUGAACUCGCCCAUGUGGUGCAAACUAUCAUAGAGAACCCUCUCAUGAACGGAGAAGUUGUCAGAGUCGACGGUGCUCUGAGAAUGGGUUGAAGAGAUCCGAACAAGGAGUAGUGUUUCUGCAAAAAUUCGCGUUUGUCAACACCGAGAAAUAUUUUUCUUACAUGAAGCUACUAUCAUAGACUUCGGGAGCAAUAAAACCGCGUGAGUGAGUUUU